UGCUGCCCAUAUAUGGCAUACAAGCGAGAGAGAGUUAUGUGAGCGUCGUGGCGUAAUCGUCGUAGAAAAAUUUUCAAAAUUGCGUCAGGCGGCCAUUAGGUUAUGUUGCAUUAGCGUGUUGUUGCGACACAAGCAGAUAAUAGCAGACAAUUUCAUGAGUAUGGCUUUAUUUUACUUCGUCUCGGUUUGUUGAAGGGAUUGGCCUUACUUUGGCCUGCCCUGCAACGAAAGAACAACAUUUUUUCGCCGCGGAUUUCUCUUGUGGAUUGCGUGUGCAAACUACAGAAACUGCAACGUCAUAAAAAAUAACCGAGGCAAAUCACGAAACACAUUGGCAGAUACAAGACACUUCGUUCACCUUAUCAGGAGAAACGAAAUAACAUUUUAAAUAUCCAAAGUUCAAGUUUAAAUGCUCUACCAUCGUCGAAGUCAUCCAUACAAUAGAAAUGGGACGAAAAGGACUUCGAAUCAAACGAAUGUUGUGGCCAACUUGACAGACAAGCAAUCUAGUGUGAAGACCAAGGAACCUCGACCAAAUGUGGCAACGAUCCGUCCCCGGGCAAAGACUAAUACUAACCCAAGUUCAAACGGGCAAAAUGUUCAUAAAAUCGGAGAAUAUUUUAUACUAGAUUCAAAUCCUGGCAGUACAUUUAGUCGCGCGAUUGAUUGUCAAAAUCGUGCUGAACUUACAUGCAAGAUUAUUGAAUCAAAAAAAUUAGGUGAUGUAUUGGCACCGUAUACGCGACUUGAAUCGCACGAGAAUAUAAAUGAAAUAGUCGAUGUGAUUGUUGGCGAAACUAAGGCAUAUUUGUUCAUGCAAAAUUCUCACGGUGACCUACAUAGCUAUGUUAAAACCAAGAAAAGAUUACGUGAGGAAGAGGCUGUGAAAUUAUUUCGUCAGAUUGUGAAAGCGGUUUGCCGUUGUCACGAAGCAGGCAUUGUGCUACGUGAUCUGAAGUUGAGGAAGUUUGUCUUUAAAGAUAAAGAUAGGUGGGUGAUAUGUUAUUUUCUCAAACUCUGGCCAUGUGCAGGAGAGAUUUCUUUGUGCAUUGUUGGCGAAAAUUUCUCGAUGAAUGAAAGUAAAGUGUUGGCACAUUGUUGUGACUUUAUUGUUAGGUGUCUUUUGUGGAGCUUUUUAUGUGUUUAUACUCUUCGUUUUGAAGCAUAUAAACCCUAAAAACUGUACAAUACUAAGACAGAUUUAAACUUUGGCUAAACAGAUUUUUGCGGUAAAAAUGAUGUACGAUUUUUCGCCUCAAAUCGGAAUCCUGUGGUACGCACCGGAUAUGAAAUCGACAUGUUAUAAAAUUGACAACACUGCAUGAAGCGCAAUUCGCCAAUAAAUUUCGCAAUGUUCUUCCGAUUUAAAAUCUACUGUAUGAUAUUUUCGUGUCACAAGUAGCUGAAAUAAUUGAAUUCUUUUCCAUUGCGGUGAUUUCUUGCGUGGGUUGUUAUGUUUUGAUGAAGUCAGAGGCGUCGACAAUUCUUUGGGCGUCAUUGGAUACCGCUUGUUGUCCUUAUUCGUUUUUCAUGAUUCCGCGUCUGUUUUAGCUUGAUAUUUUUUAUUCCCAAGUUAAAAUAUAUGCCUAUAAGGAUGUAAAUUUCUCAAAAAGCUAUUAGAUUACAUAAGAAUUGCGCAAGCAAUUUUCUGUGUCGGUAUAAACGGCAAUAUAAAAAAAAAAAUCGCUGAUGAUGCGUUAUUUCGUAACCGGAAGUCUGAACACCACCUCUGUGUUUCAAUAAUUGAAUUUUCGUGCGUGUUAUGUGGGGCCAUAUAUCGACUUUUGUUUCGCCAUUUUCCCUUUCGAUCAAAUAUGUAAACAAUACCUACUUUGUCCAGAGGGAAACAGAGUAUGUAUGAUGCAAUAGAGGAAAAAACUAGAUGCAUCUAGAAAUGUGUUCAUGAAUAUUAUCAGAUGGAUCAUCUGUAAACAUGAAAUGCAUGUGCACAAAUGUAUCUGAGUAUAUGUAGGUUGUUUAAUUGAUGAUCCGUAAAUUCAUCUGGCAUAAGGCUGGGUAAACUAGUAAAGUAAGGCUCAUUUUAACGAGUUAAUUUAAUUUUAUACGCAAUUUAUUUUCAGAACUGAACUUAAACUGGAGUGCUUAGAAGACGCGUGUGUGCUCGAGGGAUCAGAUGAUACGCUGGAGGAUAAACAUGGUUGUCCUGCAUACGUUAGUCCUGAAUUGCUGCACAGUUCUGGGGGAUACUCGGGGAAAAUUGCUGAUAUCUGGAGUCUUGGAGUGAUGCUGUACACCAUGCUUGUUGGACGCUAUCCCUUUCAGGAUGUUGAACCUACGGUAAUGUUUUCCAAAAUACGACGAGGACUUUUUGUUGUCCCAGAUUCAUUAUCUUCGAAGGCAAAAUGUCUGAUCAAAUCUAUGAUGAGGCAAGAGCCAUCUCAACGGUUAACCGCAGAAGAACUUUUAGAGCACCCAUGGUUUAAGUCGACAACUCAACCAAUAAACUUGUAUCGUUGUGACAGGCGAUCACCUGACCAGACCGUCCCUAGUGUAAAUGUAGACGAGUCAUAUUUUGUGCCUGUAAAGAGUCGUGCUGUUGUGUAGGGUAUAUAUAUAUAUAUAUGCUGUUCAGCUGUUGUGUAUAGUUAGGAAUAGAAAUCGAAAAUUUGUGAGUUACUUGUUCUCCUAGAUGGUCUUUGUCAGCCAUCAAUUCCUGUAAGAUAUUUUGCUAGUUGUUGGUCAAAAAUACAUGAAAAUGUCAAGGCAAUUGUCAACUCUGAGCGAAAUAUUUGCUCAGAUGUCUGAGUUCAAAAUUGCUGUGUCAUCUUUUGUUAGCAAUUAGUAAUAUUUUUUGUCAGGGCUGUUGUUAGUUCACAGUCUUUAAACCUUUGUUUGACUCUAUCAUUUGAUGUCGACUCUAGUAUCUUCGUCUGUCUAACACAGAAUGAUAUUCUACUUCAGUCUUCUGAGAAUGUUAAAGAGCUGUAUCAGAAGUUUCAAUAUCUUGACCACAAACUUGCCACAUUGUUCCAAAUUUAUUCUCUUAAUUAUUAUUCCAUGGUUUUAGGGGUGAAAAUCGCCACCAAAUCAUUGCUUUAAAAUCAAAAAUGGUAGUAUGUAACUUGCAAGUUUUUGAUUUUGCAUUUGUGUACAUUUUUGUUGUUAAUGUAUAUGUUUAGAAUGUAAGAUAUUGGUGGGGCGUGAGGUGCUUAUGUUUACAAAUGUAUAAAUUAUAUAAAAGAUAGAAAAAUAGAUUUUGUAAAUAUACAGCAACUUAAAACGACGGAGACAGUUCACAAUAGAAUUAAAGAGGUUUGGAU